AUGACUGGAAUUUCCACUAAUAGUAUUCACGCGGCUGAUGAAAUACAUAAGGUGGCUGAUGUAAUGACGCCAAUUCAUGUUACAACUACGUAUAAGUAUGAUGAUGAUCCAGAGAAGUUAGUCAAAGAUGAAGAUUUGCCUGAAAAUUCAAUAAUUGGAAACGUUGUUUACUCAAGAGAAACGAAUCCAAAUUCUGAACGAGUAGAAAAGAUUUUAGAUAGUAUAUUAGAUGGGCACACUGUGGCAUACACUUCUGGUUUAGCUGCUUUUUUUGCUGCAUUGACAUACUUUAAUCCUAAAGUAGCGAGUAUUGGAAAAGGCUAUCAUGGUUGUCAUGGUAUUUUGAAUAUAUUUUCUCGUCUCAAAGGUUUAAAGCAAAUAUCUUUAGAAGAUGAUUUAAACCAAUUGAAUCAAGGAGAUUUGAUCUGUUUGGAAACUCCCGUCAACCCAGACGGUACUGUUUUUGAUAUUCAGUACUAUGCUGAUAAGGCACACGAAAGGGGAGCAUUUUUAUUGGUAGAUUCUACAUUCGCACCUCCUCCAUUGCAAGACCCAUUCAAAUGGGGAGCUGAUAUGGUAUUUCACUCGGCCACUAAGUACUUUGGAGGUCACAGUGAUUUGUUAGCCGGUGUUUUGGUAACAAAGGAUAUCAAUGUGAAAAAUCAAUUGGUAAAGGAUCGUGUUGAUUUGGGAAGUAAUAUAUCUAACUUAGAGAGCUUUUUGUUGAUUAGAAGUUUGAGGACAUACGAACUUAGAAUAUUGAAGCAAGCUGAGAACACUGAGAAGUUGAUAAAGUUCUUGGUAGAGAACAGAGAAAAGUAUCCUAAAUUGAAAAAAAUUUAUCAUUCUUCCUUACAAACAGAGCCGUUUGUUAAGAAGCAACUAUCGAAUGGAUAUUCGCCAGUAUUUUGCAUUGAGCUUGAAAGCGAAGCUGAUGCAAAACAAUUCCCUUCGAAAUUGCAUUAUUUUCACCACGCCACUUCUUUAGGAGGAGUAGAAAGUUUAAUUGAGUGGAGAGUUCUUAGUGAUUCGACAGUCAGUCCUACUUUAUUAAGGCUUAGUGUGGGUGUGGAAAACAUUGAUGAUCUAAUUGCUGAUAUUGACCAGGGCCUUAAGUCUUCGUAG